AUGGCAGAGGACAAAGAUCCGAAGAGAAAUAAAAAUUAUGAAAGGAAAGGAUUUUAAAGAUUUAAAGUAACGUUGGAAAGAAACAGAUAUUUUUGUUUGCCACGGUAACAAACAACCGUGUUUAGUAUGAAAUACAAUAUAGGUAAUAUUGUAAUACGAAUUAUUAUACAAAGAUUAGAAGAAAUAUUAAGAGAGCUUCCGCGCAAGACUCCAGAAAGAUUAAAGAACGACUCUCAAAAUGUGGGAGCAAAGAAUGCAUUAAGCAAGAAGCAAGGAUUAUUCAAGAUAGAUGUGGGGAGAAACGUAGGAGCUGCGAAAUGAUAAUUUCAAGAGGACGAUGGGCGGGAUUUCGCGACAAAGGAGAAAGAAAUUUCAGACGGAUGGCUGCGGGAAUAAUGGCAGAAAAUGUUAUGGAAUCGCGAGGCAUAAUUACGGUUGGAAAGAUAUUCUUCAGAAACAUUCAUCGUUCAGAGGCCGAUCCGUUAGAAUUAGGGAAAAUCGUGGAAAAUGAGAAGCAGCAGGAUGUUGACAGUCGUCGUGAUUCUGAUCUCGACGACGACGACGUUCAAUGGCUGCUUUGCCGAGCUGUACACCGCGUUGGCGGAUAUGGAGGAGCUUCUGGAAACGGAAGCGGUUCUCAUCGACACGCUGAACGGGUAUAUCAAGGCUCAGGAAGAACGUCUGGCUACUCUUAGAAAGAAUGUAGAGGAUUACGCGAGAGAGCACGAGGAAGCUUCGAGGAACAUUCAGCAGUACCUGUCGAAUCCAAUCAACGCUUAUCUGCUUGUGAAAAGACUGACCACCGAUUGGAAGCGGGUCGAAGAGCUGAUAACCCAGGACGUGGGCAAAUCUUUCGUCGCGAAUAUCACCAGUUCACGAAGCGACCUUAAAUUCCCAACUGACGAAGACCUUAAUGGCGCUGCCGUUGCUUUGAUGAGGCUACAGGACACGUACAAACUUGAAACUGCACAGGUCGCCAGAGGCGUGCUGAAUGGAGUUCAAUACAGCACCGGAUUAAGCGCUGGCGAUUGUUUCGAGCUAGGACGGCAGUCUUAUCACAAUCGUGAUUAUUAUCACACUGUUUUGUGGAUGCAAGAAGCUAUGGAUCGUCUUCAGGAAGAAAAGAACGCGACCACAACUUCGAAACCAGAUAUAUUAGAAUACCUAGCCUUCUCAACGUACAUGCAAGGGAACGUGGCACGUGCUUUAAGCAUGACGAACGAGCUUUUGAAGCUUGUACCAACCCACGAACGAGCCUUAGGCAACCGUGCUUAUUACCAGAAGGAAAUUCAGAGCAAGGCGAAUCAGUCGAAGAAGAAACGCGGCGAAGACGGCCAGGACGACACAGCUGUACCCGCUCAACACUUUACGGUCGUUGAAGAGAAAGUGAAAACCUGGGACGAAAUGUCGGAAAGGGAACGAUACGAGAUGCUGUGUCGCGGGGAAGUUUCUACUCCACCGGAAAUACAGAAGAACCUCAAGUGUCGUUACGUCGAUCGCGGUAUUCCGUUUUUGAAGAUUGCACCGUUGAAGGAGGAAGAAGCCUACUUGGACCCGAGGAUUGUCGUUUACCAUAACGUGAUAUACGACGAUGAAAUUGAAACGAUCAAAAGAAUGGCACAACCAAGGUUCAAACGUGCUACGGUGCAAAAUUACAAAACUGGUGCCUUAGAGAUUGCAAACUAUAGAAUUAGUAAAAGCGCCUGGCUGCAGGAACACGAGCACAAACACGUGGCAGCGGUGAGCAGACGCGUGGAACACAUGUCAAGUUUGUCCGUAGAUACAGCAGAAGAAUUGCAAGUGGUUAAUUACGGUAUCGGUGGCCAUUACGAGCCACAUUUUGAUUUCGCAAGGAAAGAGGAAACGAACGCGUUUAAGAGUCUAGGAACUGGAAAUCGUAUUGCUACUGUUCUCUAUUAUAUGAGCGACGUAGAACAAGGCGGUGGUACCGUUUUCACGGCGAUCAACAUCUCCCUGUGGCCUAGGAAAGGCAGUGCUGCAUUUUGGUACAAUUUGAAACCGAACGGAGAAGGAGAUUUUAAAACUAGACACGCGGCUUGUCCGGUGCUUACCGGUUCCAAAUGGGUGGCGAACAAAUGGCUUCACGAAAGAGGUCAAGAAUUUCUCAGGCCUUGCACUCUUGAAAAUCAGUCGGCAGACGAAGCUGAUAUCAGGCACUGAAUCAAUCUCUUGACACCCGGAUCGACGAUGUCAGUGAAAAAUGAACACAUGACGGAUGGAUUUUUAUCUUUGUUCACGAUGCACGGCCAAUGUGAAAAAGUGUUGUUUUAACGUUCAACGAUGGAAGGGAACAUUGUUUUAUCCGUCGUAAGAGGAAAAGGAGAAAUUGCGGCACGAGUAUAAUAAACACGUGAAACGAUAUAACUGAACUGUUGUAAUUUUUGUACAGAGGUCAAACGAUAGAGAAGCAAAUCCGGAAGAAGGAAACUGUCAGCAUUUAAUGAACAUUAUAAGAACACCUUUAGAUUAGAAUUCCAAAUUUUGGAAAAUGAUUAAUUUCAAUCCUAUUAAAAUAUUUGUUCGUCUCAUCA